CAUCAUCAGAGUCAGACAGUCAGAGCACAAGAAGGAGUGGAGUUUGUUGGGAGUUUUUCGCAGCCAGAGUCGUCGUCGUCGGAGUGAAAAUUUUCAAUUUGUGUAAUUUCCUUUCCUCUCUGCUGGUGCACUCGAUUUGGACCAAUUUCGUCGUCAAGUGUUCGCGUGUGGUUCGAUUAAUUCUGUGGUAACAAAUCAGGACACUAGGAAAGUUUUGGCUGGACCACAGGAAGAAAAACGAGCAUAGAAAAGCCAUCAGUGGAAGGAAAAGUGCAGCAGCCCUAAAGUGGGUGGAUUGCGUGUCUGUCGUGUGCGAGGAAAGUUUCGCCAGGCCUGCUUUGUUGGUUGCCACAGAGGGGUGCAGCAAGAAGUGGUGCUGUGAGUGGAAGAAAGUAAAAAAAAAGUGCAUAAUAGAAAAGGCUGUAAGUAAAGUGCAUCAUCUCAUCUUCGCUGUCAGUGACUUUCUGUGGGCUUUGUGCAAUAAUAAGCACAGGAAAAGAGGGGAAACCAAAAUCGGUUCCAGUGAUUAGCAAAAGUGCGCCGUGUGGGAUUAUUGCUGCGAGAUAGUUGAAGCGAGUGUCCCCUUUGUUGGAUUAGGAAUCGGGAGAGGAUUAUUUAGGAAGGAAUAGUUCAUUAGAAGAGUGUCUGUAUAAGGUGCUGGCCAAAGAAUAUUUGCCCACGGGAGACGUGUGGGAGUGCUUUGCUUUUAUAUUCGUUGUUCCAUAAUCCAUCAUUCUGCUGAGCUGUCUCUGUCCGGCUGGCGCAGUUUGGCAGAAAUUGUGUGUAAUCGAAAAACAACAAACGCAAUCGAAUUCAUCAUCAGCAGUUGUUAGCGGCAAUAAGCGAAGAAAUAAACCUGCAGCAACCAGCAACCUACAAGUUGUAGAAACGUGCGAAGAAGACAUCUACCUAUACAAAUAGCAGGAGAAGAGCCCAAAGUUUCUCUUCAUUAAAAAAUUCACCUCUUCUCUGCUUUGGCUUUGGUUGCCGUCUGUGCCAGCGAUCGGUCGAUGGCAUUGCUUCUGCGGCUUGGAUGUGCUCAUCGCCGAAAUAUGACGUAUGCGGCAGCAUUUUGAACCAGAAACAAAAAAUCAAACAUCACACAAAAAAGGAUUGCACAAGUGUGCAGCGGCAUCUGAUGCAUCAACAGCAACUGCAACAGUUUUGCGCAUCUUAAAAGGAUUCGUCACUCCUCGCAGCAAAACGACAUCAUUAUCUCAUCACCCCCACCAUCCGUCGUCGUCAUUCCAAAUCCCUCAAUCGACAGAACACAAAAAUCUCGAUUAAAGCAAAAUCGCACCACGAAACCACUUUCACAUACAUGGAACAAUAGCCGAAAAAUCGAAACAAUUCUCCGGAAUCUCUACUAGAAACUGAAAGUAUUUGCAAUCCGCUUACCCGCCAUCGGCAUAAACAACAUAAGCGACAUUGUUUGGAACAUACACCCACAUUCGUACUCGUCCCACACAUUGCAUGCUAAAAAAGGCUUGCAAAGAUUAAAACAAAAGUGCAUCCAACAGCAGCGGCGGAAAAGGGCCUAUCACCAACUAUUCACAGCUGUGUGUUCAGUUCAGACUGUUCGCGUCUGCCAUCCACUACUCUCCACUACUAGUCGCGUGUACUUCAUUCCGCAUUCACGCAUUCGCUAUAGUGCUGCCCCCAAGUUAGUGGGCCUGUCUGUCUGUUGCUUUCGUAUUAUCAACUGGUAUUAUUUAUUUUGUACGCCUUACUCUCCCUCCACGUGCAUCUCGUACUGCUUAUUAGUUUUUAGUAACUGCCUCUUAGGUGCUUAGCUACAUAUUUAAGGCUAAAGCCAAAAGUAUUAUUUUGUUUUCAUAUACAUUUUAAUUUUAAGUAGAGAUUAAAAAGAUGUUCUAUUUAUUAUUUAUGUAAUUGUUAUCUCAAAGUCUUUCAUGAAUGAUACUGCUGGUGCAGCAGUUUGCCAGUUGCUAUCACUUUUUAUAGUUUUCUAAGUUUAUUGUGCAACCAAAUGUAAGAAGAGGUCUCUUACUGACAAGACCCUCCUGUGCUUGUAUCUGUGUUAGUACAUUCCCCUCGACGUGUACACCUUCCCCAUCGCUACAUCCAUUCUGAAAGGGAAACAGAUCAUCCCUUCCAAUCCCACCCAGCUUUGAUGCUCCACUGAAAACCCCGACGUAUGACCGCGCGUCGUCCGUGUACUCUGUUGUGUACCACCAUCGCCUAAAACUGUAGUAGCUAGUAGUAAUGACAUUGACGGUGUCGGAAUCGGACAGCAAUAAUCUGCGCACUAACCACCACCACCCAAGUCCCCAGCCCCAGGAUAUGACCGAAUCUCUACCAAGUUCUGAACUCUCCCUGCUAGCAAAACUGGAGGCCGCCAACAAGCUGAUCGAGAGUGACUCGAAGAGUCUAAACUCUCUGCAAAGUUCCGCCCACAGUCGGAAGAGCUCCGACACCAGUCAGAUUUCGCUCAACUCGGGUGCGUCCUCGGUGGGAGAAGAGGACAUCUGGUCGACAUGGGCCGGCAUCGUCGCCGACUGGGAAGCCGGUCAGAAGCGCAAAGCGCCCACAGUGAAAGAGCUGGUCCGGAAGGGCAUUCCGCAUCACUUUCGGGCCAUCGUGUGGCAGUUGCUGUGUGGAGCCACCGAGACCGACAAGAAACAGUACGCUGAGUACAUCAAAGCGACCAGCGCAUGCGAGAAAGUUAUACGGAGGGAUAUUGCCCGGACCUAUCCGGAGCACGACUUUUUCAAGGAGAAGGACGGCCUCGGACAGGAAGCGUUGUUCAAUGUGAUGAAGGCCUACUCGCUGCACGACCGGGAGGUUGGGUAUUGCCAGGGAUCCGGAUUCAUCGUGGGAUUGCUGUUGAUGCAGAUGCCCGAGGAAGACGCCUUCUCCGUACUGGUACAAAUCAUGCAACAAUAUCGCAUGCGGGACAUGUUUAAACCAUCGAUGGCAGAGCUGGGCCUCUGCAUGUACCAGUUAGAAAACAUUGUUCAAGAACAAAUCCCAGAAUUGCAUCUGCACUUCCAGUCUCAGAGUUUCCAAACGUCGAUGUACGCUUCCAGUUGGUUCCUCACAUUGUACACAACCGCGCUAAAUCUCACCUUAAGUUGUCGGAUAAUGGACGUGUUUCUAUCUGAGGGAAUGGAGUUCAUAUUCAAAGUCGCUAUCGCCCUGCUGCUAAUCGGAAAGGACACCUUACUAUCCCUAGACAUGGAAGCGAUGUUGAAGUACUUCCAAAAGGAACUUCCUCAAAAGGUAGAACAGGACAGCGACGGGCUGUUCAAUCUAGCAUUCCAGGUGAAAAUCAACACCAAAAAGAUGAAGAAAAUGGAGAAAGAGUAUGCCGAUCUACGGAAGAAGGAACAGGAAGAGAUGGUCGAAUUGAGGCGAUUACGCAGCGAAAAUCGACUGUUGAAAAAGCGGAACGAACUUCUGGAGGCAGAAAGCGCCGAACUGGCCGACCGGCUAGUGCGCGGCCAAGUCUCUCGAGCCGAGGAGGAGGAAACCAGCUACGCCAUCCAGUCGGAACUGUUGGCACUGAGGCGAGUCCACCUGGAGGUGUCACACCAGCUCGAGAACGCCAACGAGGAAGUGCGAGCGCUGAGCCUGCGGCUUCAAGAGAAUAAUGCGGAUAACUCUAUAGAAUCUAACAACUCCCGACAAAACUCUUUUGACGAACUGAUCAUGAAAGAGGAAGCCCUCAAGCAACGGGAUGAAAUGGUUUCCUGUCUGCUGGAGGAACUCGUCAAAGUGCGCCAGAGUCUAGCCGAAAGCGAAGAUGUGAUACGAAACCUAAAGACUAAGAUCCAAGAAUUGGAAGAAGACAAGAAACGCCUCCGAGAAACUAGUAUCGACAACUCGGUGGCACAUCUGCAGGACGAACUGAUAGCAAGUAAGCUACGGGAAGCUGAAGCUAGUCUAUCGCUGAAAGAGCUCAAGCAGCGAGUGCAGGAGUUAAGUACCCAGUGGCAGCGACAACUGUCGGAACAACGAAACGAGGCUGCUCAGAGCAGUGAGUCUGGUGCCAAGAAGCUACUGUUUUGGGAAUCCUCCCGAACCGCAGACAUUCAAAAGCUGGAAGAGGAACUAAUGACGACUCGGAUUCGAGAGAUGGAAACGUUAACUGAGCUGAAGGAGCUGCGACUAAAAGUGAUGGAGCUGGAAACGCAGGUGCAGGUUUCCACCAACCAGCUGCGCCGACAGGACGAAGAGUCGAAGAAGGUGAAGGAAGAGCUGGAAGAAUCGCUGACCCGGGAACGAGAGUUGUCGAAUAAGGCUCGUGAACAACAGCACCGGUACUCGGAUCUGGAAUCUCGUAUGAAGGAUGAACUGAUGAAUGUCAAGAUCAAGUUCACCGAACAGAGUCAGACGGUGGCGGAGCUGAAGCAGGAGAUUUCCCGACUAGAAACCAAGAAUUCCGAGAUGCUGGCGGAAGGCGAGCUGCGGUCGAACCUCGACGAAUCAGAUCGAGUUCGCGAUCUCCAAGACAAAGUUGCCGAGCUGAAAGCCGAGCUGACGGCGCUGAAGUGUCGCGGCACAAACCUCAAUAUGAUGCGAAUGAUCAAGAGCACCUCGAUCCAGUCGAUCGAUUCCACGAACGAGAUCGAUUUCAGCGAAAUGCAACUGUCGCGGAAGGAUAUUAUCACAAGCAACAGCGCACUGAACCACCACCCACAGCAACAUCAUCAGCAAUCGUCACCGGUUGCAAGUUCCACGUCGACGUCGUCUUCGUGAAAUUUAGCGUUUAGGUCAGUUUGUAGUUACAGUAGUAGGAUAUCAUCGUCAAAAUCAGUUUAGCAACGAUGCUAAACGUCAUUGAGUUGUAGACACCUGCACAAUCUAAAGCGGGAUGUUUCGAAAAAGCCAAUCCACCAACAGUUUCAUUUGAACUGAAAUCAUCCGUUUCACAAAAAUCAAGAUUAACUAAAAUAGGAAAAAAAGCGAAAAGUAACAGAACCAGUACUAAAAAAAAUCUAAUAAUUAUAGAAAAAAGUAUUGGAUUGAGCAAAACAGGAAAGAAUGAAUACGAUAGUAGAAUCUUAAGGAGUGUACUACGUCAGGGUUGUACUGCGAGAGUGACAGAGAUGAGAGUUGAUGUACACGAGUACGACUGACUAACCCUUUGAAAACCUACGAGACGCUGUUCUUAUGAGUUGUGAAUUGUGUAGUAUGUGUUUAGUAUAAGUUUUUCGUUUAGUAUUUUUAUAAAUACCUAUCCGUUUUUAUUUAAGUCGCCCGAAAAAAAAUCUGAGAUAAUGCAAAGUUUAACUAGAGUACCGGAAUAUUAUUUACCUAUAUUUAAUAGACCUUCUUAACAGAACAGGAGGUAAGCUAAAAGCGCGCAAUAGUUUGGAAACACUGUAUGCAAUUUUCAAUCAUAGACGAUUAUUAUUUUUUCAUUAUUACUAUUCUAAUUAUUAUUAAUUAUUAUCACUUGUGUUGUUGUUUCGUGGUUUGAGUUAUUCUAUGUACAUUUGUUUAUUCAUGUUUUCGAGUAUAUUUAACUAAAGUCGCAGUCCAGAACAGACGACAGUUCAACUGUCGUAUAUUAUUUGUUGAAAACUACACUGAAAAACAAUCUCAUAAAAAUGAGUUAUUUAUUAUGUACAUAACAGCAUGCAAUAUAGUCCGCUCUUAUUGAUUGUGAAUGGUCAUAUAACUUUUGAACCAACUGUGUCAAAAUCACUACAGGCAAUCGAAAAUCACUCCUAGAAAUGUGAAAAAAUGGUAUUUGAAGUUCAUAAAUUUGUUUAUUUUUUGAGUAGAAAACGAUGCUUCUCCAUUUUUAUGCUCUUUUUUUAAAUCGUCUAAUUUAAAAAUAAUAGUUAGUGUUGCCCAUUGUAUAAAGUAGGACAAUUUACGGAGUGGACUAUAUCAUCAAUGGAAAUUUAGCAAAUUUCCAUCAUGUUCAACUAAUCGCAGUUUUGUGUUCCCUACUCGAUUGUUUCGUUGGAUGGCGUUCGCAUUUUCAUUGUGGUUGGUAAUCUCGGGAAAUUAUCUAAUUAGAACUUGGCAGUACACGUUUUGAGAGAAUUGUCUCAUGUUACAACAUUGACAAUCGAAUAUAACGACAUCGAAUGUUA